AUGUCGGAACCCGUUCACGUCCUCUAUUGUGGAGAAUGUACACUUCCAGUAGAGUAUUGUGAGUUUGGAAAGACUCUUAAAAAAUGCAAGCAAUGGCUCCAUGAAAACAACUCUGAACAAUACAACAAACUAUACAACUCUGAGGCUCCAGCACAGUCUUCUCUCUCGAAGGAAAGAGAGGCUGAGAUUUCGGAAUCUUUAGCAAAAAUGCAAUUGAAGGAAGAGAGGAAACAGGCUCGAGAAAUGAGGAAGUUACAGCAAGAAAAGAUCCUUAUCAAAAGAAUUCCUAGGACUAAGCAUAAGAACAUCAUCGCCAUCAGUAAUUUGGAUCAAUUUGACAUUGAUAUGAAGAAAUUGGCCAAGAAAUUCUCCUCGAAAUUCGCUACAGGUGCUUCUGUUUCGAAGAAUAUUGAAAAGAAGGAGGAAAUCAUUAUCCAAGGUGAUGUUGGUGAGGAAGUUGAAGAGUAUCUCAUUGAGAUGUUAAAGGAGAAAGGUCUCGAAGGUGUCAAGGUGGGAAUUAUAGACGAAAAAAGACACCUUCGAAAGAAGAAAGAAGCAACAGGAAUAUAA